UUCUUGACAAAAAUUUACUUUUGGAUAGAUUAGACUAGAUUAGAAAUUAAACAAACAUUAAUUAUUUUGGCCUUUAAAUUUUUGUAUUAAUUUAAAAUAAAAGAAAAUGUUGGAAAAACGUAAACUUCUUAAGCAAUACAUAAAAUGUCUCAACGAAAUGGAAAUGGAAUUAAAUAAGCGUAAGCUAAAUAAAAAAUUGAAUGGCUAUAUGGAUGCAUUGAAGGAACUUCAAUGUGAGGUGGACAAACGAGAAACAAAGGCAGCGGCGGUGGCGCAGGCAGCUGUAAAUGAGAAAGCCAUUAGCACCUCUCCGAAUCUGCCACAUCCCAAGAUGUUAGAUGAAUACAUUACCACAUACUGUGAGCUGGAUGACACUGGCCGUGAACUAUUGGAUGCGGCUUUGGAUGUACGGCAUAAUGCCUAUGCCCCGUAUAGUAAAUUUAAAGUGGGUGCAGCAUUCCGUUCUAAGAGUGGUGUAGCCUAUGCUGGCUGUAAUAUCGAGAAUGCGGCCUUCACUCCCGGUUGUUGUGCUGAGCGUGCUGCCUUGGCCAAGGGUAUUAGCGAGGGUGUCCUGAAAUAUACAGCUGGAGCUGUAGUUGCCUGUCAUCCAUCGGGAUUUACCACACCCUGUGGCGUAUGCCGUCAGUUUAUACUUGAAUUCGCCAAAGCUGAUAUUCCCCUGUAUAUAGCCAAAGCUCCGGAAGAUGAGGCUGCCAUUCCGGCCAUUGGCGAUGAUGAUGAAAUCUUGGUUACAUCUAUCUACAAUCUAAUGCCACAUAGUUUCACUGUCUUUGAGUCAAAGGAAUAAAAACUAAAGUACUUUUGUUGUUGUAUAUAUA